AUGAGAUGUAUUUAUAUCGUAUGGAUACUUUUUUUAAAAUUGGUGUGCUGUGAGUUAGAAGUCAGAAUUGCGGAUGGAAUUCUCAAAGGGCAAGUUCUACAGUCGAGAGAUGGACGGACUUAUUACUCUUAUACCGGUAUACCAUAUGCAAAACCACCAAUUGGAGAAUUAAGGUUUAAGGCACCACAACCAGUCGAACCUUGGAACGGAACAUUAGAUGCCUCCAGAGAAUCGAACAAGAUAUGCAUUCAAAAAUAUGUCGCAGAUAGCCACGAAGAUUGUUUGUACUUAAACGUGUUCGCUCCAAAAGUUGAUAAAAAGUUUUUACCAGUAAUGUUUUGGAUUCACGGUGGUUUUUUUUCCCGUGGCCGUGGUGGGCCUGGCAUACAUGGACCUGAAUAUUUUAUGGACAAAGACGUGCUACUUGUUUCUAUAAAUUAUAGGCUCGGUGUAUUAGGGUUCCUUAGUACCGAGGAUGAUGUGAUACCCGGCAACUAUGGAAUGAAAGAUCAAGUGAUGGCUUUACGUUGGGUACAGAGAAACAUCAUUCAUUUCAACGGUGAUCCUAGUCAAGUGACAAUAUUUGGCGAAAGAGCAGGAGGCGCUAGUACAGGAUUUCAUAUGUUAUCACCGAUUAGUAAAGGUCUUUUUCAUAAAGUUAUACUUCAAAGUGGUAGUCCAGUUUGUAAAUGGGCUGUUUCGCCUAUUGGACUUCCUCGUAAGCGCGCACACGCGGUAGCACUUAUCGCCGGGUGUAAUUUCGAUACUUCCGAGGACAUAUUGCAAUGCUUGAGAAAACUAUCAGCCGACUAUAUCAUCGACCUUCAAAACAGAUUAUAUGCAUGGCUUUCGCAUCCGUGUGUACAGUUUAAUCCUGUCGUCGAAAAUUGUAAUUCUGGUCAAGAAGCAUUUCUCUGCCAUCAUCCUAUAUACGAUUUUAAACAAGAGUCGUUUGUACCUGCUAUUGUUGGUCUGAAUUCAGCUGAAGGUGGUCUGUUUGUGGCUUCUCUGUACAACAGCACUUCUUUGAUAUACACUGAGUUCCAGACGUAUUUCAACCGUAUAUUGUCAAUUAUGCUAUUUUACAACCAGUACACACGACCGGAAGAUUUAGACGAAAUCGGAGAAAGAGUGUUGAAAGAAUAUUUUCCAUCAGGAAGAUUGGACGACAAUACACAUUCGAAUGCGGUUAACAUGAUAGGCGAUGGAUGUUUUACUCACUGCAUAGUUGAUAUGGCAAAAAAAUUGUCGUCGCCAGUCUACAGUUAUUAUUAUGAUUAUCAAAAUGAGUUUUCGUAUAACAAACUUUUCGGCUCAUGCCAAAAAAGUCUAGGAGUCACUCACGCGGAUGAACUAAACAGUCUGUUCAAAAAUAAUAAUUUAAAUCCAAACGAUUUAAACGCGGACCAUCUCAAAGUUUCCAGACUAAUGGUCAAUAUUUGGUAUAGAUUUGUGACUUCUGAUACUCCUACUAUUGAUGGGACAGAUACCGGAACUGCUUGGCCAACAUUUACUUACGAUGAACGAUUUAGCGUUUUACACAUUGAUUCAGCCCAACCAAAAAUCAUACAAAAUCCAUUCGACGAGAAAUAUAAAUUCUGGAACCAACUGCCUUACAAUUUUCGUCUAAAUCAAACGAUGUCACGAAAAAUAGCAGACAUAAAAACUGAACUAUAA